CAUAUAAGAAGUGCGACCAGCUGUUGCAUCCUCAGCUUGAGACCAACGUUUUCAGUUGGUGUCCAGUGGAUGCAUUCAUGUAGUCGGUAGGCCUAAGAGUGAAUCAUUUCGCUUAACUUAGCACUGAAGAUAUCAAUUUUAAUAAAAAUUUCAUAAUUAGGGUCAACUAAGGAUUAAAUAAAAAUAAUUCUGGUAUUUAAGUUAAUUUCAAUGCAUUUUAAUGCUUUCUUCACAUCUGUAAUGGUUUUAAAUAUUUCAGUUUUAGAUAAUAAAUGCUAGCACAAAACUUGUAUUAUAAUACUAACUAAUAUACAUGCUCUGGUUAAGGCACGAGCUUACGCUCUUGAAGCACCUUUCAGUACAUCGGCAAACAGCUCCAUUUGCUGGGUUUUGCUAUGUAACAUUGUCGUAUCACUCUCCAGCCACCAUGGCCUCACCCCCACAAGAGCCGAUGCAGGGCACGAAGUUACAGAUGCGCUACGGUCUCUUGUGGCUAGCGUGCAAUGCCUGCAGGUCGGAUCCCUGUUGCUGUCUAGCCUGUUGAAGUAUGCGUUAGAGGGGCAGAGUUCAGUUCCCAUUUGAAUCACCAGACUCUGAUAUCAGUGUCCCCAUUUCCACGAGGUGUUUUUUUUCUACUUGGAAGCAGCAUGUUAGCUAACACAAAUCUGGCCUUCGUGCUGUUUUCCGAUUGUCCAUACAACAUUGUUCUGAAUUGGUUUGCCAGCCCAUUUUUUACCCCGAGAUAAUUGACCGGUGUCUCUGGUUGGGACUGUGAAGCCCCGUUUUUUUUAAUAGGGCCGCCAGUUCAUUGCCUUCACGUUUACGGGCUUUAGUUCCAAAAGCACCCUUACAUUAACCCUAAUGUUCUCAAACUUUCUCACGUGAUCCAAGAUAGCGUCAACCAAGAGUGUAAGGACUUCCUUAGUUAAGAUCUCAAUAGCAGAUCUUGAAUCGGAGAAAAUUAUUAAAUCAAGUCCCACACGCUCCGACCUCUGCAGCGUACUGUGCACACUUUCUAGUGCUUUGUGAAUAGCCUCCAAGCUCCAAUCUCUGCAGCGUACUGCGCACACUUUCCAAUGCUCUGUGUAUAGCCUCGAAACUCGACGCCGCGGUCGCACAGAGCUUCCUGAAGCAUCUCAUUAGGUGUCCCUCCUAUGGGGUAUAGGAUGUGAGCACAGCUCCACGCAUUUCUUUCUCUCACGCUUGCCGAGCCGUCUGUAAAAUUGUUCUCUGUUGUCGCAAAAAACCGUUCCAUUGUCUCACGGACAGAAGCGUUCUGCGCAGGGCUGCGUUUCGUCCCUGCCGUGCCCAUACAAGCCAAACGUAUAUUUUCCCCAUAUGGUGGAAUGACUAGGACGAAGGUAAUUUUUUCUAUAUAUUUUGGGAGUUUGACUGUCCUCUCAAGUUCCGUAACUUGAUGCAUGAAAGAGGAUUUUUCAUUCUACCGGCCGCCAUCCAGCAGGGUUCCUUUUCAUGUAAACUCCGGUACCGCUCUGCGGUAGUUAUGAUGUCUUGCUACUCCUUAUUUCUGGCGGCUAAGAUUUCCACAGCAGUUGUGGUUGUUGACCUGAAGGCACCACAGAUGAGUCUCAGAACCCCGGGUUCACCAGGUUGAGCUUGGCGUUUGUCUGGGAGUUCAGGUCCUCUGCAUAGUGUACAUUUGUACCCUUUUGACCCAGUGUGACUCCUAAAUAAACCGACUGCUUGUCCAUUUUAUAGCUACAUCGUUCACCUUGAGUAAGAUCUCUUGCGUGAGACUGGUCCGAUCCAUCGUGCAUUAACCACCUUCUCUGUGUUAAUGUUCAUUUGCUACCGCUGCAUGCACCUGCUGAUAGCCGAUAGGUCUCGCUGUACUAGUUGUUGCAGUCGAUUGGCGUCCUUGCCCUCACUCCAGGUUACCAAAUUGUCCUUAUACAUGGCUGCAUUUGUUGUCAAUAUACUUGGCAAGUCAUUGCCAUCAGCGAGGAAGUGUGUGCAACUAAUGGCUGAUCUCUGUGGUAAUCCACGUUCCAAAGUUGCCUUCCUCGAGGUUUCACAGUCAAAUCAUGUGUUGAUCGUUCGGUCAGUAAGAGAACCAGCGAGCCACCUGUACAUGCUCUCAGUUACGUCUAAGCCUUGCAACUUGAACCUUAAACGAGAUUUCCAGACGCUGCCAUGGGCUUGUCAGACGUAAACAAAAGUACAGUCAUUGUAUGGUGCUUUAUCUGGAAACCAUUCGGUUAUGGACUGUGAAGACGGAGGACCUGGUCUACAUGCUUUUUUCUUCUCUAGUUAAAGCCCGACUAGUUUGCGUUCAGACAAUAGAUGAUCUCCGGGUAAAAAAAAAUAGUCUUUCGUUGACUCACACUCACCACUCACUCACACAAACCCCUCACUCACACAAACCACGCACUCACACAAACCCCUCACUCACACAAACCCCUCACUCAGACAAACUCCUCACUCACACAAACCCCUCACUCACACAAACCCCUCACUCACACAAAUAACUCACUCACACAAACCACUCACUCACACAAACCCCUCACUCACACAAACCCCUCACUCACACAAAUAACUCACUCACACAAACCCCUCACUCACACAAACCACUCACUCACACAAACCCCUCACUCACACAAACCCCUCACUCACACAAAUAACUCACUCACAAAAACCCCUCACUCACACAAAUAACUCACUCACACAAAUAACUCACUCACACAAAUAACUCACUCACACAAACCCCUCACUCACACAAACAACUCACUCACACAAACCACUCACACAAACCCCUCACUCACACAAACCCCUCACUCACACAAACCCCUCACUCACACAAAUAACUCACUCACAAAAACCCCUCACUCACACAAAUAACUCACUCACACAAACCCACUAGUGAUUAACACUCACCAUAGCUCCCUUAUUCUGCCCCCCAGAUCACUGAUCCUGCGCAAACCUCAUUCCAUGCCCACUCCUCAGAUGACGUCCUGCGUAGCCAUGAGGCUUCUUCUGGUCACUGCGUUACUCUUUGCUGUAAUUCAUGAACAAAAGGCUGCCACGUAUGAGCACAACGAGUGUAAACAUGUUGUAGAGAUCGCCCGUCUUUGUGAUCAGGUAAAGACACACUUUUAACAAGAGACAGAUAUUGUAAAGCUAGGGUUAGGGUUAGCGCUACUUAACCCCUUUCCCACGGUCCCAGAUUUUUAAUUUUUUAUUAAAUAGAUCUAUGCAAAUUGUUCCAAAUUAAAAUUAUGUUCUUGUUUCAUUUAAAUAACAUUUUAAAUGGACCCGUACCAAGACAACUUUGUAGAUAAAUGUAGAAUACGGAGUACCAUUAAAGAUCAAGGUAUAAGCCCAUGUAUAUAUCUAUCUUCAUACCCACAUAUAGGGACUUAUAAAGACCCACGCAUUAACACAUGAAUUGAACCUGGGUGUAGACUCAUCUUUAGACCAGUAAGUAGACCCAUAUGUAGACCCCUGGGUGGACCCAUGUAUAGACCCAUGUAUUGCCCCCAUGUGUAGCCCCAUCUAUAGACCAGUAAGUAGACCCAAGUGUAGACCCAUACGUCGACCCCCGUGUGGACCCAUGUAUGGACCAAUGUAGACAAAUAUGUAGAGAGCCAUUAUUUUUAUCUCUUGUUUUUUAAUAUCUCCAGUGUACUCUGAGAUUGGCCUCCGUUAACUUCCGGACGUUCUUUGAUUGCUGCAUGGACGUAUACGGCAUGAGAAUAUACUGUCAAACUGUGAUAAGGUUCGACUAGACGAGGUUUAACGCCACCCAUCCUGUAUGCAUAGCAUUAGGUGGUUGACAGUCAUCAACCUUCAUAUUAACACACAGAAGGGACCUACAAUAAAAAUAAAUGUGUACCUGGGAGAUUUUCACUGUAGUGAUCAGCGCUUUAUGUUAUGGUGUAACAUGGUUGUAUUAAAAAAAGGAGAAUUAAAAUACAGUUAGUUGAUAC